AUGCUAGCUGCUAUCUGUGUUGCUCUGUCAAUCAUCAUCGUCCCUCUCAUCUGGCCGGAUCUGGAUCCAAAGAAUUAUAUCAGCGUGUCGAACAUUCUCUCUUUCUUUCCCAUUCUUCCAUGGUUAUUCGACUUAGGACUGUCGAGACUCAACUCGGCACAGGCCAAGUCUGGCGAAGUCAUGAAGGCCUACGACGAUCUACCACAUCUCCAGAGGGGCUGGCUACUGUCCGGGUUCUGUGCAAUGGUGGCCCAUGUGGCAUACCUUGUCUCUUAUGUUCUCGCUGGGAAUCGAUUAGUCGACAUCAACACUGCACGAGCAGUACUCUCAGGUUUCCACAUCUUCAAGCAUUCCUCCAUGGACGCAGAGUUCUUGGUUUUCACCAUCAGUACCCUUAUCUGGGUGUUAAGUGCUGCCGUGGCCAACAAUGACGCCACACGUAGCCUGACUACCAAACUAAUCUUUUCCGCUGUAACUGUUGCGUCUGGUGUCGUCAUUGGACCUGGAGCUGUUAUAUCAAUUCUGUGGGUUCUGAGCGAAGAUGGACGCAGAUCAACAGCUUAA